AUGGACAAACCCGCCGUGCUGAUUGUGGGUGGUCUCGGCUUCAUUGGUCGACACCUCGCCCUAUAUAUCCACGAAAACAACCUAGCCUCCGAAGUCCGCUUGGUCGACAAGGUCCUACCCCAACUCGCCUGGCUGGCGCCAGAGUUUGCAGAGGCAUGCUCCAAGGAGAAGUUCGUUCAGGCCGAUGCCAGCCGUGAACAACACUUCCCGCGCAUCUUCGACCGAGCCAAUGGCCAACAAUUCGACUACGUCUUCAACUGUGGCGGCGAAACCCGUCACUCCCAACCCGACGACGUCUACGAAGCCCGCAGCUGUCGUUUAACAGUCGCCCUCGGCAAGGAAAUCGCCCGUCGCCGGAUCCCCGCUUUCAUCGAAACCUCCACCGCCCACGUCUACAAGGGCGGUUCCUCCCCGCGAAAGGAAGACGACAAGCUUGCCCCCUGGCACAAACUCGCCGACUGGAAACUAAAGGCCGCCGAGGAACUCCGCAAAAUCCCCGAUUUGCAAUACUGCGCCCUCCGCUUGCCCCACGUCUACGGUGCCUAUGAUCCCGGCUACUUCGCCACCGGUAUCUGCCUCUCGGCCGUCCAUGUCGAUCUCCAACAGGAUCUCGUCCUCCUGCACACCAAGGACCUGAAGAUCAAUACCCUCCACGUCAAGGAUGCCGCCAGUGCACUCUUCGAGUCCGCCAAGUGGCGCGCCGCGGCCGGUUACAUUGACAUGUCCAAAGGCACCAUCGCGUUCAAUGUGGUCGAUCACAACGACACACGCCAGGAACACGUCGCCAAUGCGCUGACCGAGGUCUUCGGCCUCAAGGUCACCUUCAUCGGCUCGCUUGCUUCUCAGCUCGCCAAGCUCAACCUGGACGAUGUGGUUGAUGACAUGAACGAAAUCAGUCUGCAAACUUGGGCGGAACUCGUUGAGAAGGCCGGUAUCACGCGACCUGGCCCCAUCAGCCCCUUCCUUGAGCGCGACGUGCUCAAGGACCAGGACAUGUCGAUUGAUGGAUCGAAGUUCGAGCGCGAAACGGGCUGGAAACCUAAAUACCCUCACUUUGGCGCGGACAGCAUUCGCGAAAUCGUGGACAGUUAUAAGCGGAUGGGCUGGUGGCCGUGA